AUGCAAAAUCCUGUUCUAUUAGUUGAAGAUGGACAUUCUUAUGAAAAAUUUGCAUUGGAAUGUUGGUUCAAAGAUCAUAAUACAUCUCCAUUGACAAAUAAACAAUUAACAAGUCAAACAUUUGUAAUUAAUUAUAAUCUUAAAUCGAUAAUUGAAGAAUUUCGUCGCCAACAGAGUGAAAUGAAUUCAAUAUCAAAUUUUCGUUGUUUUACUCUUCAUCGUGGUCGUCCACAUAAUGAUCAAUGGAAAAAUAAUCCGAAAUUAAAAAUAAUCAUAUCUCUUUUGGGUCCAGUAAAUGUUGGUAAAUCAUGUUUUGCUUCAAAUGUUGAAUAUGGUCAACCUCAAAUAAAUCGUAUACAUAAAACUACAUUAGGAAUAGAUGUUUUCUUUUUCUAUUUGGAUUUAUUAUUCGAAGAUAAAUAUGUUAUUAUAAUUCAAAUCAACGAUUGUCCAGGUAGUGAUCGAUUCGAAGCUGUUUCUGAUCGACAUUUUCGACAAUGUCAUGGUGCCAUAUUUAUGGCUGAUACAACUGAUAUAAAUACAUUUGAACAUCUUGAAAAUUAUUGGUAUAAAAAACUUCGAGAAAAAUCAUCAUUUAAUUAUGUUGAAUGUGUACUUGCGUGUAAUAAAAUUGAUUUAUUUGAAAAAGAUUAUGAUUCAUCCUAUCGUGAAAAAUUCUUUAAACGAGCUGAUACAUUUGCUUCACAUUAUCAAAUGUCAAUAUUUAAUAUAUCAGCUUGGCGUGGAGACAGAAUACAAUCUAUGUUUCAACAUUUAAUUUUAUGCAUUUUACAAAAUCAAUCAUUACUUCAAAAUCUUAAAGAAAAUCAACUAGAAAGUAAAGAACAAGCAACUAGUCAAAAUUCAAAAUUUACAGUGACCGCAUGUCCACAAUCAUCGACGAAAAAUAAAAAAUCAUCAUGUUGUUAA